GAUGGACCGGACUUUUUCACUCCGCGGCUGGGACUCCGGACGAGGUUUCGAAAAGACCAGAAGCAAAGCCAAAACAAACAGUUGAAAGAAUCAGGCCAAGGAAAUACUGUCCAGGAAUAUUCGACCCAUUUGUUGUUGGUGAAGUUCCAGCUUUCUUUCGUGUGUCGACAAUCCGCAGUUGUGUGACGCACUUGUCAGGCAAAACCCGGGGCUGAUCCUUUUGAUUGGGACAGUGAAACGAACUGGAAGGACAUGCUGCUGUUGGACAGCCGUCUUAGCGAGGAGGAGAGAAUGAUCAGGGAUGCUGCUAAGCACUUUGCAGAGUCGGAGCUGAUGCCCAAGGUCUUGCGUGGCUUUCGGGAGGAGCACUUUGACAAGGGCAUCUUUCAGGCCAUGGGACAUGCCGGGCUUUUGGGCUCAUUCAUCAGUGGCUAUGGAUGUGCUGGGGCUUCUGCAACUGCAUAUGGGCUGAUUGCCCGUGAGGUUGAGAGGAUCGAUUCAGCAUAUCGAUCUACUCUUUCAGUGCAGUCAUCCUUGGUCAUGCACCCGAUCAAUUUGUUUGGAUCUCAGGAGCAGAAGGAGCGCUUUCUUCCAAAGUUGGCUAGCGGAGAUUUGAUUGGCUGCUUUGGGCUGACUGAACCAGAUCAUGGUUCUGACCCCAGCGGCAUGACGACUCGAGCAGUUGAAAAGGGAGAUCACUAUUUGCUUUCGGGUGCCAAGAACUGGAUCACCAAUUCUCCCAUCGCUGACCUUUGUCUGGUCUGGGCGAAAACAGAAAGCGCGGGAAAGGUUCGGGGUUUCCUCCUUGAGCGGGGAAUGGAGGGCUUGUCUACUCCAAAGAUUGAGGGCAAGUUCUCUUUGAGGGCCUCGCCCACGGGCAUGAUUCAAAUGGAUGACGUCAAAGUGCCAAAGGAGAACGUUCUGCCGAAGGUGGUUGGGAUGCGAGGGCCCUUUGCGUGCUUGAACUCUGCACGACUUGGCAUUGCCUGGGGUGCUUGGGGUGCUGCCGAAUUUUGCCUCGAGAGCGCAAGGCAAUACACCCUGGAUCGCAAACAGUUUGGACGGCCGUUGGCUUCCAACCAACUG